UUUAAAAAUCACAGUGACUAAAUUGAAGAUUUUUUAAAACAGAGGGACAAAAGGUUACAUUUCACUAAAUCAGAGGGACUAAAUUAUAGUUUACCCAAAUUUUUAUGUUAAAUCUCUCUCUGUGCCUGUGUGACUGUCCAUUUCCCCUCUCAACAAUAAUGAAGUGAAGUGCAGACACCAAACACAGUAUCUUUCUUUUAUUUGGUAUCUUUACUUUUCUUUUUUUUUUUCUCAUAUGUAUUCCAGUGUCCUUUGCCACAUCCAAAGACUAGACCCACUUUCAACAACUCUGUUGUUUCACCUUUUUCACGAAUAUUAAGCCAUCACUCAUCUCUUCUCUUCAGAGUAGCAUAAUUCUUGUUGGAGAGCUUAAUUGCAACCCUUUAAAAGCUCAUUCUUGUUCUUGAAAUUGGGCUUAAAGGUUCUUACUUGCUGCUAUUCAACUCUUUUCUUUCCUUUCAGAAGGAUGCUUUUUUGAUGUCCUUUGCCCCAUAACUAAAAGAUUCAUCUCUCUCUCUCUCUCUCUUGUGUUCCUGUCUAAAAGCAGAUCAACAACAACCAAAGCAAGAAACCUCAAAGGUAACACUUUUCUACAGCCCCUUUCCUCAAGCAUCAAAACCCAUCAAUCCUCUUUUUUUUUUGAAAGAAAUCCUCCAUUACAAGCCCUUGAAAUAGAAAUCCAACACAAAGGGAAGCUUCUUUAGCAGAUAGAAUGAACUCUUUGCUUUCAGUUUCCUUCGUGGUUCGAUUUGAUGUCAAGACGAAGCCUUGGAACCAUGAAAUCUCCAGCCUAUUUGCAUAACUUCAUUAAAGAAGCUCUAAACAAGUUACACAAGGCCAAAAGGGUUUUCUAAGCUUCUCAAUAUACGCAGAUUUAAAAUUAUUUGCAGGAAUGGUAACUCUUCCUCAUCGUCCUCAUCGGCUGCUUCUAGAUACAGAAUCAAGCACACCAGCACCAGCAAAUGGAAGCAGAAGUCGCAAUAGUUACACAAGCGAGGCCAAUUUUGACACCAACAUGGUGAUAAUCCUUGCAGCUUUGCUCUGUGCAUUAAUAUGCGCGCUUGGACUAAACUCGAUAGUACGAUGUGCCUUAAGAUGUAGCAGAAGGUUUGCUUUUGAGACACCUGAUGAGGCUGCAGCUCGUUUAGCAGCAACAGGGCUUAAAAAGAGUGCAUUGAGACAGAUCCCUGUGGUCAUAUAUGGGUCUGCAGGGAUACACAUCAAAGCCACAGAUUGUGCAAUUUGCCUUGGAGAGUUCAUGGAUGGUGAGAAAGUGAGAGUUUUGCCAAAAUGUAGCCAUGGUUUUCAUGUAAGGUGUAUAGACACAUGGCUGGGAUCACACUCUUCCUGUCCAACUUGUAGACAGUCAUUGUUGGAGGCACCAGCAGCAAGUUCGGAUGGUGCAGAAGCUGAUGCUGGGAUCAGAAUUCAUGGAAAUGGAGCAGCAGCUCAAAGUGAUGUGUCCAUGGCUGCAGAUGAGGUAGGUUGAUCUUGAAAUGCUGAAUUGGUUGAUGUAAUUAUGCGUACAUAGAGAUAGAGGGAAAUACAUACUUGGAUGCUGUGAAGGAAUCAUUAUGUGGAUUGAAGAUUUCUAAAAGGAAAUCUUUGUUUGUACAUGUUUAGUGGGUGAGAAAAUUAUGCUUAAUUAAUUAGGAGGCUUGUUUGUUGUUUGCUUUGUGUUAAAAUUCCAUGGAUUUUAUAUUAGAAUUUAACAAGAUUUAUCUCCCAA